GCUGAUUGCAUAAUGCUCUUCAUCAUCUGACCAAUAACUGUUGACACUUUCUGACCUUCUGUCUAUUUACUGUUUUGAAGUUCGUCCUCAGUGCAGGUCAACAGACUAAAAACAGCUGCUGUAGAAUGGCUGCCUUCCUUCAUUACUGCCCCUUCCUAAAGUCCGUCCCUAAGCCAUCUUUGAGGAGGACAGGAGCCGCCUUGCUGUCUCUGGCCAAUCAAUGUCCCAUCAUCAUUCGCCAGAUCAGUGUGAGCGGCCCAGCCACUCUGGAGGACGAGCUGAACGCCUCACCUACCAAGAAAAAGGGUCAGCAGAAUCCCACAGUGGACCAGAGGAGGCUGUUUGCUCAAACGGCUACUCAGGUGGCUGUGUCUAUAUCAAAGGGCUGCCCUUUUGUCACCUCUCAGAUUGGGGCAAUCCGAGCCAGCCCUGAAGUACAGGAGGACAUCCAAGAAGGUUUGAUGACGUCACUGUUAAAGGGUUUAAAGGAUUCAUUCGUCCCAACAUCACCUCAAACAAACACUGUCACCCACCUCCUCAAAGACAGCAUGGAGGGCCCCAGCUACGACUAUGACCGCUUCUUCAUGGAGAAGCUUGCUGAGAAAAAGAAGGACCACACAUACAGAGUCUUCAAGACCGUCAACAGGAGCACCGAGGCCUUCCCUUUCGCUGAGGAUUACUCCUUCUCUGGGCGGGAGGGCUCCCAAGUGUCCGUCUGGUGCAGCAACGACUAUCUGGGAAUGAGUCGGCACCCACGGGUCCUCAGUGCGGUCGGAGAUGCCCUGGAGAGGCACGGUGCAGGAGCAGGUGGGACCAGGAACAUCUCAGGCACCAGUAACUUCCACGUGUCUCUGGAGAAGGAGAUGGCCCAGCUACACCAGAAAGAUGCAGCUCUGGUUUUCUCCUCCUGCUUCGUGGCAAAUGACUCCACACUCUUCACUUUGGCUAAGAUGCUUCCAGGGUGCGAGAUCUACUCUGAUGCAGGGAACCAUGCAUCAAUGAUUCAGGGCAUCAGGAACAGCGGAGCCAAGCGAUUCAUCUUCCGCCACAACAACAGCCGACACCUGGAGGAGCUGCUGCAACGCUCUGACCCCAAGACACCCAAAAUAGUGGCAUUUGAGACCGUGCACUCGAUGGACGGUGGCAUAUGUCCCCUGGAAGAGCUGUGCGAUGUAGCUCACCGUUAUGGAGCACUUACGUUUGUUGAUGAAGUUCACGCUGUGGGCCUGUACGGAGCCCAUGGAGCUGGAGUGGGAGAGAGGGACAAUGUUAUGCACAAGAUUGACAUUGUUUCUGGGACCUUAGGCAAAGCCUUCGGCUGUGUUGGAGGCUACAUUGCCAGCAGCGCCACUCUGGUGGACACAGUGCGCUCCUUCGCAGCCGGCUUCAUUUUCACCACCGCCCUGCCCCCGAUGGUACUGGCUGGAGCCCUUGAGUCUGUUCGGGUUCUGAAGAGCCCAGAGGGGCAAGUGCUCCGCAGAGCGCACCAGAGGAACGUCAAACACAUGAGGCAGCUGCUCAUGGAUAAGGGCUUGCCCGUGGUCAACUGUCCCAGCCACAUCAUCCCCAUACGGGUGGGCAACGCUGAGCUGAACACCAAGGUGUGUGACAUUCUGCUGGAGCGACACAACAUCUACGUCCAGGCCAUCAACUACCCCACAGUGCCUCGUGGUGAGGAGCUGCUGCGUUUGGCUCCGUCUCCUCAUCACAACCCCGCCAUGAUGGAGUACUUUGUGGAUAAACUGGUGGAGGUGUGGCAGGAAGUAGGGCUCCUGCUCAACAGCCCGGCCACGGCCUCCUGCACCUUCUGUGACCGCCCGCUGCAUUUUGAGCUUUUGAGUGAAUGGGAGAAAUCCUACUUCGGCACCAUGGAACCACAAUACAUUACUGUGUCUGCAUAAUACCUAAAACACAAGCUACACAUACCAUAUAUGUAUACAUUGUGGACUUUCUUUCUGUUAUCUUGUAUUUAUGCUUACUAAAUUGUGUCUGCUGUCAUGGAUAUUAUUAAAGAAAACCUCUAUUUUAAAAGCAUAAAACCUGCACACCGGUCACUUUCAUAAAUCAAUUAUCUAGGUGUGAUGGUUUGAAUUAAACUAUGAUAUUAAAUUACACGUUGCUUGAUUUCCUUCAUACAAUAUAAUCAUCAUUAGCAUCAUGUUUUGUUUCCAUAACAAUUCAGUUACUGAUGUUUCAGUCAUGAAAUGUAUGAACAACCAAAGUUAACUGGUUCAUGAAUUAAGGCAUAAUAAACACUUGGUAAAUUUG